GGAGCGGUCCCCGGGACCCGGGAGCACCGCCCAUCGCGCCCAUGGCGGCCCGGCGGGGCACGGAUGAGAUGCGGGACCGCGUGGUGCUGGGCGAGUUCGGCGUCCGCAACGUCCACACCACCGACUUCCCCGGCAACUACCCCGGCUACGAGGACGCCUGGGACCAGCGGCGCUUCGAGGAGGCGUUCCGCGUGGACGUGAUCCGUGAGGAAGGGGACACCCUGGAGUUCGACAUGGUGGGCAUCGACGCCGCCAUCGCCAACGCCUUCCGCCGCAUCCUGCUCGCCGAGGUGCCAACGAUGGCUGUAGAGAAGGUCUUUGUGUACAACAACACAUCCAUUGUGCAGGAUGAAAUUCUGGCUCAUCGGUUGGGCCUCAUCCCCAUCCGAGCUGACCCUCGGCUCUUUGAGUACAGAAAUCAAGGAGAUCAGGAAGGGACUGAAAUUGAUACUCUGCAGUUUCAGCUGAAAAUCAAAUGCAAACGAAACCCUCAGGCUGCCAAGGAAUCAUCUGAUCCCGAUGAACUGUAUUUCAAUCAUAAAGUGUACAGUAAACACAUGACGUGGGUGCCCUUGGGGAAUCAGACAGACCUUUUUCCAGAUGCUGAUUUCCGGCCUGUUCACGAUGACAUCCUCAUUGCACUGUUGCGACCCGGGCAGGAAAUAGAUGUGCUUAUGCACUGUGUCAAGGGUAUAGGUAAGGAUCAUGCCAAGUUUUCUCCUGUGGCCACAGCCAGUUAUCGACUGCUUCCUGACAUUACUCUCCUGCAGCCUAUUGAGGAUGAGGCAGCUGAGACGUUGCAGAAGUGCUUUUCCCCUGGGGUCAUUGAGAUCCAGAAUAUCAAUGGAAAAAAGGUGGCAAGAGUAGCCAAUGCACGACUGGACACAUUCAGCAGAGAAAUUUUCCGACAUGAGGGUCUUAAAAACCUUGUGCGCCUGGCGAGAGUACGGAACCAUUACAUCUUUUCAGUGGAGUCGACAGGUAUCUUGCCUCCAGAUGUGCUGGUGAGUGAAGCCAUCAAGAUUCUGAUGGGAAAGUGUCAGCGCUUCCUCAAUGAGCUGGACUCUGUGUCUAUGGAGUGACCUGGCUGUAGCUGGGAAAGCAGAAACCUGCACUGCUGUUCUGGGCUUCCUGCACCUGCCUCUGGGGGAGAUUCCUCUUCCAUAGGCAGGAGGCUUGAUAGGGGCUUGCUAAGAAUCCAAGGACUAGCUCUUUGGGUUUUUCUGUUGGUAAUGAGCUGCAGUAAGGAGAUGCUCUAAAAUAAAGUCUUUUUUA